AUGUACACGAAAUUUCAAAGUUUAGUGAGAGAUGUAAUUGUAUUUUAUUUUCACUCAGAUUUUGUACAAAAAUUACUGCAAAAAUAUCUAGUAAAAUUUUAUGUGGUGAUAGAACGAUUUAAAAAAUAUAACAUUAUAGAGUCUCAACCAUCUUUGAUAAAACUACUGCUCAAAAACAUAUCAAUUCCACAAGAAUAUCUACCAUGUUCUUGCAGUAAUUAUUCCUCCGCUUUUACCCAUAUUGUCCCAUUCAUAGCACCCCAAUAUGCGGAUUUAAUGAGAUUGUGUUUUAGUCUAAAGUCUUGCAAUUUUUCAUCCAAAUUUAAACAUCGACAGAUUGUUUGUUCGCAGACUAGUCGUGUCGAGGUAAGAAAUUACUCCUAUUUUAGUUACAGUCGCUUUUCCUUUUUUGUUUCAUUGCCUAACUUGGAAUCAAUUUAUACCACCUGA